AUGGAGAAAGGUGAACGGUUUUCAGAAUAUCUGUUCGCGAAGAUGGGCCCCGGAGAUAGGGGGCCGAAGACCACAGAAGACCGGUCGGCUCCUGUCGAACGGACUGGCUUCAGGAAGAUCCUGGUCGACAAUGUGAUGCUGGUUGUAACCCUAGCCGGUGUCAUCACUGGUAUUGGUCUUGGUCUGGGCCUUCGACCCUACCAUCUGGGCCCUGACGCCUUAAUGAUAAUAUCCUACCCUGGCGAACUGUUCAUGAGACUUCUAAAACUGAUGAUCUUGCCUCUGAUCAUAGCCAGUCUUAUUGCUGGAUCAGCAAGUCUGAAUGCCAAGAUGAGUGGGAAAAUUGCCGUCAGGACUUUGUUGUAUUUUAUUUUAACGUCCAUGUUUAACGCUUUUCUUGGACUGGUCCUGGCUAUGUUGAUUCAUCCUGGAGUGCCAGAAAUUAAGCAAUUUGGAUCUUUUGUUGAAGGGAAGAGGGAACAUAGUAUUUUGGACAGCAUUUUGGAUAUUGGUCGGAACAUAUUUCCGGACAAUAUCGUACAAGCCGCUUUCCAGCAAGCGCACACGGUGUACACAGAAGCACCCGCCAUGUUUGGACGGAAUGCCAGCGAUAAUGACACAGUGCCUUUGGUUCGAACCGUCGCUUAUAGAUCAGGCACCAAUACGCUAGGUUUGGUAUUCUUCUGCCUAGUUUUUGGCAGUCUUCUGGGAACAUUAGGGGCUAAAGGCCAAGUAGUGAUAGAUUUCUUUCAAGCAAUCUUUGAGGUGAUCAUGAAGAUGGUGACGGGCGUCAUGUGGUUUACGCCAGUUGGAGUUAGCAGCGUUAUAGCUGGGAAAAUUCUUGGUGUUAAUGAUGUUGCGUCAGUGAUGUCCCAACUAGCCUGGUUCAUAGCGACGGUGGCUGUUGGGGUGUUCUUCUACCAACUGGUAGUGAUGCAGCUGAUCUAUUUCUUGUUCUUACGACGGAACCCUUACAAGUUCUAUUGGGGAUUGUCACAUGCCAUGCUCACGGCUUCGGCUACUGCUUCUACUGCAGCAGCUCUUCCAGUGACCUUCAGAGCUAUGGAAGGUCCCUUGCAGGUGGACCCUCGGAUCACUCGCUUCGUGCUACCGAUUGGCUGUAAUAUCAAUAUGGACGGCACGGCUCUCUUCCUUUCUGUCGCCAGUGUCUUCGUCUGUCAAAUGAAUAACAUACAUCUUGGGUUCGCUCAGCUGGCUACUAUCUUCCUGACUUCAACAGCAGCGUCAGUGUCUUCCGCGUCAGUUCCGUCGGCCGCCAUGGUGCUGCUCCUGGUAGUGCUGGCGGCCGUGGAUGCUCCCACGCACGAUGUGUCGCUGUUAUUCGCUGUGGACUGGCUCGUUGACCGUAUAAGAACCACUAACAACAUGCUCGGAGACUGCUACGCGGCCGCAGUAGUGGAACACAUGUCCAAGAACGAGCUGAUGGCCUGCGACGCUUUAAAUGCGGACCCCAUAAACGGGUUGACCCCAAACACGGACGUGGACAUCGGCAUAGUGACCCCUAGUAAAAAGUCCAUUGGUUCUGAUGAAGUUAUUAUAGACAUGCAUUUAAAUAAUCAUACUGAUGCCAUUAAGCGGAUUUAG